AUGUCUGCUCCAUUCUCCAGGCUACCAUCUACUGCGAAGAUCACGCCGUCUAUAUUUCGCAUUGCGGUUUCAGAUGAGCAGCUCUCUGAGUUCAAGACGCUGGUGAAGCUCUCGAAGAUCGGACCCCAGACGUAUGAGAAUACGCGGGAAGAUGGCCGGUUUGGCGUGACACAUGGCUGGAUUAGUGCGAGGAAAGAUGAGUGGCUGAACAGCUUUGACUGGCGAGAAGUUGAAGCUCGGGCAAACAGCUUUCCUCAGUAUACAACAGAGAUUGAGGGCCUCACCGUCCACUUUGCAGCCUUGUUCUCUGAGAAGGCCGACGCGGUGCCUAUUGUUCUGCUUCAUGGAUGGCCUGGGAGCUAUUUUGAAUUCCUCCCCUUGCUCCAGCUACUUCGGGACGAAUUUACGCCUAGCACCUUGCCAUAUCACUUGAUCGUCCCGUCACUCCCCGGCUAUGCCUUCUCUUCUGGGCCCCCGCUGCACAAGAACUGGACCAAUACCGAUAGUGCCCGCGUCAUCAACCAGCUGAUGCAGAAUAUAGGUCUUGGGAGCGGAUAUGUGGCUCAAGGAGGUGAUAUUGGGAGCAGGAUUUCCAGGCUCUUAACCUUGAAUUAUGAUGGCUGCAAAGCGGUCCAUUUGAACUUCUGCCCGACGCCCACCCGUCCUGAGGGCGUUUCUGACGAGGGCCUAAGCGACCUUGAGAAACGGGGACUAGAGCGUUACCGCGCUUUUCUAGAGUCGGGUAGGGCAUAUGCCCAGGAGCAUGCCACUAGGCCUGCAACGAUUGGACAUGUACUAUCGUCAAGUCCUCUGGCGUUACUCGCAUGGAUUGGAGAAAAAUACCUCGAAUGGCCAGAUGCUCCCUUAUCGUCGGAGACCAUCCUAGAGCUGGUCACCCUGUACUGGCUUACAGACACCUACCCGAGGGCUAUAUAUCCGUACCGCGAGAAUACCCUUGCCCCCCGCGAUGCUACAGCUUCUCUGACAACGGACUUCUACAUCCACAAACCACUGGGUUUCUCAUAUUUCCCGCAGGAGCUGAUGCCGGUGCCUCGGUCGUGGGUUGCCAAGACUGGGAAUCUAGUAUACUUUAAGGAGCAUACAAAGGGUGGACAUUUCGCCGCUCUUGAGCAGCCAAAGGCGAUCAAAGAGGAUCUGGUGGAAUUCAUUUCACAGGUUUGGCCUGCUACUGUCUCGAAAUAG